AAAAUAUUUCACCUGAAAUGCAUUCUCAAGGUCACAAUAAUAAGAAAAAAAGGACUACCGACUUGAAGAUACCUAUCUCUACCAAGGAGGAUGACAAUGCUGUGGCUGGUCCUUCCGCAUUCUGUUCUGGUAAGAAGAAAUUUCCUAAAGACUUCAGUAAGAAAGAUACUCCUAAAACGAAUUAUCGAACACACACUGGCGACAGACUCUUCAUGUGUGAUAUUUGUAAGAAACAAUUCUCCCGGAAAUCACAUCGCGAUUUACAUCACAGAAGCCACACUGGCGAAACGCCUUAUGAAUGCGAGGUAUGCGGAAAAAAAUUUAAUCACCAAAGAAGUCGCGACAGACAUUAUCGAACCCACACCGGUGACAGACCUUACGUGUGCUACGUCUGCAAUAAAGGUUUUGCUCAAAAUUAUAAUCUUAAGAAUCAUGUUAGGAUUCACACUGGCGAAAAGCCUUUUGUAUGUGAUGUUUGUAAUGAAGCUUUCGCUGAAAAGGGUACUCUUAAAAAACAUACUCGUACCCACACUGGAGAAAAGCCUUUUGUAUGUGAUGUUUGUAAUGAAGCUUUCGCUCAAAAGGGUACUCUUAAAACACAUGCUCGUACCCACACUGGAGAAAAGCCUUACAAGUGUCCAUUUUGUGGAAAAGCUUUCACUAAAAGCAGCGGUUGUUACAGGCAUCAGAGGAGCGCGCAUAAGUGAAAUCAGCUUGUAAGCGACAGAAAUAAUUCUUUUAAUCUUGUAUGAAACUAUUUUACAUUCUUAAUCGAAUUGAAACAAUUUUAGUUCAGAAUGCUUAAAAUUUUAUUUUUAAAAUUACUGUAAGAAUUUUACUACUUAGACGAAGCAUAUUU